GCAUUAUCAUUUAUAUUACCUGGAUUGGGUAGUACGAUAACAAAUGCAAUAAUAAUAAUUGCUAUAAUUCGUAGUAAAUAUCUCAGAUCACGUCGAGAAAUCAUGGUGAUGUUUGCUGUUAGUGUUGCUGAUUUCGUAGAAGCUUUUGCGACACUACACGGUGGAAUUUAUCGGACGAUAAUUGUUUUAAGUGAUUCCAUAGAUACAAAUUUUACUCCUUUACAAUGUAUGGCGUUACCGCAUUCAUGGCUAUGGCGUUGGUCGGAUUUUGCAACUGCAUUCUCGCUACUUGCACUAUCAGUUGAUCGCCUUCUAUCGAUCUUAGUUCCCGUAAAAUAUUCUACAUGGGGAUCAAACUAUAUCGCAAUUGCCAUUGGAGUGCCAUACAUCACUUCAUUCAUCCUAAUGUUAUGUGUAUGGAUAACGCCAAUAACAUCCGAAGGCUCUUUAUCGAUACUUUGUGCAAAUGUUUAUUUGUCACCAGUUUUUUAUUCGUUUUCAAAAUAUAUAAGUAGUGCGGCAUCAUUUCUUAGUAUUUUACUCUAUGUACCGAUCAUUUUUAUGGUACAAAAACAGAUGAAACGAAUGGCGGAUAAAAUCUGCGUUUCGCAGAUCGAUUUGCAACGAAAAGCUCAAUUCAAGAUGACUGUAACGGUGGCAUUUUCCUCUUGUGCAACAUUCUUUUUAGAUGUUAUACCAAGGGCAAUCGGCAUUUUCGGUUUGCGAAGAGACUAUAACAAAUUGCCUUCACAAUGCGAAAGCAAUUCGAUGAUGUUAUUUCAUUUAUCGAAAAUUAAUUCUAUGAUAAAUUUGCUACUAUUUUAUCGACGAAAUAGCGCAAUACGUGAAUCGAUACGUCGCCUUUUUCAUUUGCCAGGUCAACUUUUAUUAUUUAAAAUUUUAUUUGCUCUUUCUGCAAGAUAG